UCAGCCUGAAAAGAGACAGGAUUCCCAGUGCCCCGCCGUCCGUGCAGAGCAAAGCCCACAGUCCUAUCAACCCUCCCUCUGCUUCAGGAGAUGCUAUUAUCAAUAAUGAGAGCCUGAGAACCGAGUGGUCACCAAUCAGCAAGCUGACAGAAAUCCCCAGAAACCAAGCGAACUUGAAGAUUGAUUGAAGACCCAAGUAGUUUACAAAUGGAACAAAAAGGUUAGUCAGUGAUACACAACCUACUGACGGGUUGCUGGAGAGCAGCCAACAAAACCCAGUUAGACUCUGCAGUCACCAGUUCUGAAAUAAGAAUGGCGAUAUCGAAUUGCUGUGUGCUAAUGCUGCUCUGGAUCUGCCUGUUGGAGCUCAGCCUGAUGUCCCCCCUGUCAAAUAGGACUGCUAUUGAGGAAGAGGAUGGAGUGCCAGUGACGCCUGAGGAUGACAAGCUUUCUGUUUUGCACCGGUCCAAACGUGGCUGGAUGUGGAAUCAGUUCUUUUUGCUGGAGGAGUACACUGGGGCAGAGCCACAGUACGUGGGCAAGCUUCACUCUGAUGUUGAUAAAGGAGAUGGCACUCUUAAAUACAUUUUGUCAGGUGAUGGAGCUGGAACAGUAUUCACCAUUGAUGAGAACACUGGGGAUAUUCACGCUCUAAAGAAAAUGGACCGCGAGGAGAAAUCUUUUUACACAUUGCGUGCCCAAGCUAUUGAAAGACGGACUGGGAGGCCUGUGGAACCAGAAUCUGAAUUUAUUAUCAAGAUCCAUGAUAUUAAUGACAACGAACCAAAGUUUUCAAAGGAAUUGUAUAUGGCCACUGUUCCUGAAAUGUCUGAUGUUGGUACCUCUGUAAUUCAAGUGAUAGCUACUGAUGCUGAUGACCCUACCUACGGGUACAGUGCCAGGGUGGCAUACAGUAUCUUACAAGGGCAGCCUUACUUCUCAGUGGAAUCAGAUACAGGUAUUAUUCGGACAGCUUUACCAAACAUGGACAGAGAAGCAAAGGAGCAGUAUCAAGUGAUCAUCCAGGCAAAGGACAUGGGUGGACAGAUGGGAGGAUUAUCAGGCACAACGUCUGUAAACAUCACCCUCACUGAUGUCAAUGACAAUCCUCCCAGAUUUCCUCAAAGUGUAUACCAAAUGACUGUCAAGGAGUCUUCCCAAGAAGGCACGGCUGUCGGCAGAAUUAAAGCUUAUGAUGCAGAUAUUGGAGAGAAUGCAGAAAUAACUUAUCAGAUCAUUGACGGAGAUGGCAUGAAUAUGUUUGACAUUACUACAGACAAGGCCACACAAGAGGGUGUCGUGCUUGUCAAAAAGAUGUUGGACUACGAGAGCAAGAAAAGCUAUACCUUAAAGGUCGAGGCAAUGAACAGUCGACUUGAUCCACGGUUCCUUUACCUGGGUCCGUACAAAGACACAGCCACUGUGAGGAUUGCUGUUGAAGAUGUGGAUGAGCCUCCGGUGUUCAGUAGACCAUUUUACAUGUUAGAUGUAUAUGAAGACAUUGAUGUGGGGACUAUCAUCGGUACCAUAACUGCACAGGAUCCUGACGCAUCUCAUAGCUUGAUUAGUUACUCAAUUGAUCGACAUACUGAUUUGGACAGAUAUUUCAACAUAAACUCCGCCAAUGGAUCAAUUGUAACUUUGAAACCUCUUGACCGGGAAGAAAUGCCAUGGCAUAAUAUUACCGUCAUAGCAACCGAGACAGUUUUGGAAAAUUCAAGGCAAACGAGCCGCGUGCCAGUUUUAAUCAAGGUUUUAGACGUCAAUGAUAAUGCUCCCGAGUUUCCCAUGGUUUAUGAAACUUUUGUCUGUGAAAAUGCAAAGACUGGCCAGCUGAUACAAACUGUUGGAGCUGUGGAUAAGGACUCACCACCAAGUGGAUCCAGAUUCUUCUUUAGCUUGGCUCCAGAAUCUGCAAACAAUCCCAAUUUCACAGUUCUGGAUAAUGAAGAUAACACAGCUGGAAUUCUAACCAGGAGAGGUGGAUUUCGUCGUCAAGACAUGAGCACCUAUCUUCUGCCUGUCCUCAUUGCUGACAAGGAGUAUCCCAUACAGAGCAGCACGAAUACCUUGCUGAUCAGAGUGUGUGCCUGUGACAGUGACGGGACUAUGCAAUCUUGUAAUACUGAAGCAAUAAUCCUUCCUCCUGGCCUCAGCACAGGAGCCCUUAUAGCCAUUCUGCUCUGUAUCAUCAUUCUGCUCGUUAUUGUCGUGCUCUUUGCUGCCAUGAGAAAACAGAGAAAGAAGGAGCCUCUCAUUAUUUCCAAAGAGGAUAUCCGCGACAACAUUGUCAGCUACAAUGAUGAAGGAGGUGGUGAGGAGGACACACAGGCCUUUGACAUCAGCACACUGAGAAACCCAGAGGUAAUCGAAGACACUCAGCUACGCAGAGACAUUAAACCAGAAAACUUUCUUCUCCCACGACCAGCUCCAACCAUACCAGAUAACACCGACGUCAGAGAUUUCAUUAACCAGAGGUUAAAGGAGAAUGACACAGACCCAGGAGCACCUCCUUAUGAUUCUCUGGCAACGUACGCCUACGAAGGGAAUGGGUCCAUCGCUGAGUCUCUCAGUUCCUUAGAAUCAGUUACCACAGAGACAGACCAGGAUUACGAUUACUUGAGUGACUGGGGACCAAGGUUCAAAAAACUGUCAGACAUGUAUGGAGGAGAGGACAGUGAUAGAGACUCUUAGCAAGGGAACAAAAAAAACCAUCCCUUUAAAUUCAGCUAUCAAAAAAAAUGUGUUGCUGUGUAAACACAAGGGGCCAUUUUUCAAAACCUAUCCCAAUAAGCAAACAUUUAUUGUGAACUGUUGGACUUUAUUCCAUAUAAUUCAUGGUCUCAGAAUGGUUCCAGUGUGAUAUGUGUGUCAUUUACCCUGCAUUUAUUGAGUGCCCACAAGAACCCGACUCAGUGUCUAUGGGAAUUUAUACCGUAAUUAUAUGCCUACACUAGCCACUGGUGCACUAGUGGAGACACAGGUUAUGUUGCUCAUUCUGUUUCUCAUAUAGGAAUAUUUCACAGGUAAUACUGUCUGCACAGAGGAAUAGAAAAUGUGUUAAAAUAGGGAUGUGCAUAGAGCAAGUUCUUGAAAAUGGCCUGAGGCAAAUGUUUGAUGGUUUUUGUGGAAGAUCUAAGUUGGAGCCAAACAUUAGACCACAAAUGCAUGGUUCAGGUUUGAAGACACAUUUGGGCUGCUCUCCUCACGUUAUGUGGAUGCAGGACAGGAGCUGCUUGCAGGAGAAGAGGAGAACCGUAUAUUCACAGGAGUGGUUAUACAUGCAACAAGUUGUGUCCAUUGAGCUGCAUGUGAAAACGUGCAUCACAACAACAUAUGCUUGCUGAGGAGGUGAAAGGUUAUAAGAUUUACACUCACGCCAUUGAACUACAAGCCUCGGCCUACUCAGAAACUUGCUGGAUUCCCCGAGGUUUAUUUACAGCCUUAGACCCUAAAGCCUGCUGGCCAGCACAUCCCUUUGGUAAAAUUAGUAAAUUAGAUGUUUGAGCUGAACAUGUGGUUGAGUCAACUGUUUCUUUCACAAUGUACUGUACUGUAACUUAGAUUCAGUAUACAAAGAUGCAUACAUAUUGUAUGCAGAGCUGUAUUAUGUAGUGUCGAUGUGAAUCACUACAGGUACGUCUUAAAACAGAGUUAAUCUGCUUGGUGUUGUUGACAGUUUGAUGCUGCAGCGGUUUUCGAAGCUGCACACCUUCCCGUAAUGAAACAUCGUUCUCUUUUAUUUACUUGUCCGAAACGUUGCAAAGUUAAAAUCACUUCAGAACUUUGAAUUCCCGAGGAAGCACCAGUAACUUUUCUCACUACCGAGUGCUGCUAGCUGUGGAAAGUGUUGCAGAAUGUACCGACACAGAUUCAGCUCUUCCAAUUCAGAGUGAAACCACAUCAGCACCGUGAACUGUCAGAAUGCAAUACUCCCAGAGGCAAUUAAACCCAGUCAUCCCACAGACACAUAACUGACCAAUCUUCCUGACAAUACAUUCUGAGGGGGAAGGGGGAUAUUUUUACGUGGCUUCAGCAUCACAACGACUUGUAAAAGAGCGGCAUGUUAAAGGUCUUCGGUCUAUGGAAUUACUUAAGAUCAGAAACACCAGGUCAGAUCUGACCUGCUCGCUCUAGGCUGUGAGCAGUAUUUUUUUCAAAAUAAAGGCACCAGUUGGGUACUUAGAUAAAUCCAGUGCAUGGUUCACUGUUGGAAAAAAUUGUUUAAAUCUAGACAUGUCAGUGCGCUUUGAAGAAUUGACUCCAAAGAGAUAAGUUGACAAAUUCUAGUUUUGACCGAUAAAAUAUAUUGAUGAAAGCUAGGAUUCCCAGCCCAUAAUCAAUGUCAGGAGUACAAAAUCUUGAAGUUAUCUUUUGUAACUUUUAAUUAAUAUGAUUUUUUGGGGGAAGGCUUAGAAAGCCACCAGAUUUCUACCUGUGUCCACUCAGCAACUGGAAGCAUUGCCUUGUUCAAGUGAAGGUUAGCAAGCUCUUGCAUUUUCCAUUUUUAAUUUUUUGCACGUUAUUGAGGGAUGUAUAAGUGAAACCCAUGAUGGGGCAGUUUCCUUGCUGGCACAGAUAACACACUGGGUUCUGUUCCACCAACUUGGAAAUGUAAGUGCCGACCUGAUAGAAAUAAACAACAAAAACUACAUUCAAUGCUAUUCAUUCAAAAUGCAAUGGAAGUGCAGGAUGCUGAAACAUUCUAAUGUUUUCUGAAUAUAGCCAUUAAAUUUACUGGCAUUGUCAAUACUCAGCAUUAAUCAUUGGAAGAAUAUUCAACAUAUUUCAAAGACUAUUUUUGUUUAGAUCCACUUGCUAUUAUUCCUUAACCCUAACCCAUCACGUGAUCUUUGCACCAACUAAAGUAUAAUCAUACAAUUAUGUUUAAGGCACUGUAUUUCUGUAAUCAGGUCCUAAUGAUGCAGCAGGAACUGUCUGCAUUAAUCUUAUAAACCUGUAAGAUCAGACUUCUCAUUUGCAAUAAUACUGCCAGAUUCUUUGGCUCAGUCUUACAUGCACCAUUGAGGAUUUGGUCAUGUGAGAGGUAAAUGCAAAAACAAACAACAGAAUUAAUUUUUUUUUAAACUUCAAAAUUCCCUGCAGUCCCCUGUUCUUGCUAAAGAUGUUCAGCAUCAGACUUUACUCCUUUAAUGGUAACCAGAGACUUGGAUAAUGGGGAUUUCUGACAUUUGACUGCUACUAGGCAGUUUGUGACUUGAAUCUGAGUGCAGAUAAACAAUCCCUGCUCAAGAAUGAAUAACUUUCAACCUGCAUCUGAGGAGAGAUACUCAAACCAAUAAGUAAAAACAAAAUGUUAAAAUCCUUUAGUCGAUAAAUCUUGCUUGUUUAUGUGCAUUCACAACUCCAGCUCAAGUCUUGGGCAAACAAGUUAAGGGAUUUUAUGAAAUUUCCACUUACCUUGCCUGUUUGCAAAUAGGACACAGCUUUAACCUGGCUGAGCAAAGAAAGUCCUGUCUUUCCAUCUUCGCAAUGCUUGGGCUAAAAACAUGAGGAACAUCACUCGACCCAAAACAUUAACUCUGAUUUCUCUCCACAGAUGUUGCCAGACCUGCUGAACUUUUCCAGCAAUUUCUGCUUUUGUUUCUUAUUUACAGCAUCUGCAUUUCUUUCGGUUUUUAUUUAAUAUGUAACACCUGAGUUGGGAGAAGUGAAUCCCUUCCCAUCUUUUUCAGCUGAGAAGCCAAAGCUACUCAGCAGUUUCCCAGGGAUUGUUGCAAUAAAAUCAGUCGGAAGAGUAAAUAUUUGUUACGUUUUUUUUGGCUUUUUUGUCUGUUAUGUGGCGUGUGGCAGUUAUUUGCUACUCCAAAGGUGCAUUUUAUCUAAUCUUUAGGAUUCAUACCCUUCAGUUUAAAUUUUAAACAAAUUAACUUACGGCAAGUGAAAAACGAAGUAAGGUGAGCUCCAAAAGAAAAAACUCAACUCAGCAAGUCGUAAGUUAAUGAAUAUAGAAGUUCAGUAAUUUAAAUCUUUAACAGCAGCAGUUUAAUAAAUAGCUUAGUCAGGCUAUCUAUCAGUGGACUAGUGUACUGACCAAAUGUAUUUUUAGAUACUUGCUUAAUUGUAGGAUGGUCCUUAAGGUGUAUACAGAUGAUCCAUUAAAUACUGAUGCAUCAGAGUCUCCCUGAAGCCAGAUAUUGUUCAGAAGGCAAGUGUGGAAGUCUUAGCUGGGUUAUUCUAUGUUGAUAGGGAAUCAAUAGUUCAGAGAAGAUCGUGUAUCAAGAAGAAUGGAUGGAAUUGUGGAAGUAAUCCAAAGAACAUGGAAUUCCAUUUAAUUAAAAUGGACCAGUUCUUAUUCAGUCACCAUAGGGAAGAGGCCCUGGUUGGGAAAUAAUGUGAACAUUGAAUGUAGUAGCAUUAUUGCUAACCCAGCAUGUCGAGUGUUAGCAUUGAUAGAGUGGUAUCAAACAGCAGCAACCAUUAUAUUCCAUGUCCUGCCAUUGCAUAUACACUAUUCCCUUGACUGGAAUGUAGGUUUUGAUGACAGGAUCAGUUUGCAGCACCUCUUAGUAACAGAAUAAAGGUCACACAAAGCACUCAUUCUCAUCUGAGGCUCUUUUGUGAAAUAGCAUGAAAGGUUAUCAAGCCACCAGGAGAUUGAGAGCUUAAAGCUAAAGCUUUGCAAAUAUCCCACAUUUACACGAGAAUCUUGAUCAGAUAGGAAAACAGUAACUAACCCUUACCAACAUUCCAGUACAUGCAUUAUUUGUAUCUUCUUUUGCCAAAUUAUUCUAAUAAUAUUUGAAUUAGCAUUACAGUUUGAUUACACUUCUUGUAAAUGUUGAAAAAUAGCAACUGAACCAAUCGUGAAAGAAAUGUAUUCUGUAUCCUUUGGCUUUAUUUCAAUCAUGUAUUAUUAUUGUGUUAUUUCAAAAUUCAUAACUGGACUAAUUAUCCAGUUAGGGUUAGCCUAGACAAUCUUAAGACUAAUUAAUGUUUGUGUAAUGAAAUUAGGAGACACUUGCUUGAGUCAUUUGGGCACUGAAUGUUUGAAGUUUGUUCAAUUGAAAAUCACAGUCUAAUCCAGUACAAAAAAAGUAAACAGUAUGAAAGCAGUGAUUUAAAUCCUUGCAAAGGAAGAAAGAAUCAAUUUCUUUACUUGUCACUUAGCAGAAUGUUGUAGCUUUUUGGAUGGCUGGUACAAAGAAGGGUUGCCCCUCACAGAAUUGAUCUACGGCUGAUAUAAAUAGCUACAUGAUAUGUGAAUGAAGGGCAAUGGUUUCAUUCUUAUAGGCUGCAUCCAGGUCCUUACAUUAAUGCUUCCACUUCCCAAAAAGGAGAAACCAGUAAAACUGCUGAAUGAUGCAUAGUGGUCGGACUCAUCUUCUACAUUUCUAAAUGGAGCUCCAGUAAGGCCAGUAUGCUCAUUUCCAGGUAUUACUGUUGUCUUUUUUAACUUCUUCCCUCUAGGUUACACUUGCUAGUUAUCCACCUUGCUUGGAAAUCUAAAGAGAACAUGGAUCAGAAAUCUCCAAAUAGAUUUGGACAAAUCUACCCCUCAGUCCCUGGCCCCUUCUAAAAUAACGGUUCUGAGCUAAGGCAGCGUUGAAAGUGGUACAAUUGGCCACCACUGAACCGUUGUUUGAGGGGGUGGUGGAAACAGGGGACAAAAUCAGCCAUAAUUGACUAAUUCUGAAGAUACAUGUGUUCAGAGUUGCUAGUUUGAACUGAGCCACACUAUUCCUUGUACUCAACAGCUUGAUAAGAGGGUCUGGUAAUGAAGGACUGCUGCAGUAAAAUGAACUGCUGGCAGUUAUGUAAACUCAGAUGAGGGAAAGCAAACAGUGAGGGAAGAUGUAUAAGGGAAUCAAAUCCUGUGGACUUCUCACCUGGAACACCUCUUCGUCCUGUACAAGGUCGUUUUGUAUUAUUAUCUUAAAUCAUGUUUUAACAUUAGGCCAGGUUGUACCAUUGACCCAGUCAGAUUCUUUGAAAGUAUGACCUGCAGUUGAAAUAGUUCUGUGGCUAUUACCAUUUUCUGUUUGUGUGGAAAUACUUUAAUGUGGCUGGGGCCAAUUUGUAAAACUGAAAAUAGCUGAUGCCAAUGAAGGAUCUUUGCUUACGUUUCUGAUUGACAAUUGCUUUUCCUGGUUUCGAGAUUUGCAAAGAAUAGUCACUGUUAGCAGCAUCCAGUAUAUCCAGCAACUGAAAAGAAAUCUGAGUCUUUUUUUUGCUAAGUAACAUUUUGUACCAAAAUUAUU